AUGCCGACCAACGGCCUGCACCAGGUGCUGAAGAUCCGGUUCGGCCUCCUCAACGACACCGACCGCUACUUGACAGCCGAGAGCUUCGGCUUCAAGGUCAAUGCGUCGGCGUCCAGCCUCAAGAGGAAGCAGACCUGGGUGCUGGAGCCCGACCCCGGGCAGGGCACGGCCGUGCUGUUCCGCAGCAGCCACCUGGGCCGCUACCUGUCGGCCGAAGAGGACGGGCGUGUGGCCUGCGAGGCGGAGCGGCCGGGCCGUGACUGCCGCUUCCUGGUCCUGCCGCAGCCGGACGGGCGCUGGGUGCUGCAGUCAGAGCCGCACGGCCGCUUUUUCGGGGGCACUGAGGACCGGCUGUCCUGCUUCGCCACGGCCAUCUCCCCGGCGGAGCUGUGGACCGUGCAUCUGGCCAUCCACCCGCAGGCCCACCUGCUGAGCGUGAGCCGGCGGCGCUACGUGCACCUGUGCCUGCAGGAGGACGAGGUGGCAGCAGAUGGCGACGUGCCCUGGGGCGUGGACGCCCUCCUCACCCUCAUCUUCCAGAGCCGGCGGUACUGCCUGAAGACCUGUGAUAGCCGCUUCCUGCGCAGCGACGGCCGCCUGGUCUGGGAGCCCGAGUCCCGGGCCUGCUACACGCUGGAGUUCAAGGCGGGCAAGCUGGCCUUCAAGGACUGCGACGGCCGCUACCUGGCACCCGUGGGGCCUGCUGGCACCCUCAAGGCUGGCCGGAACACGCGGCCGGGCAAGGAUGAGCUCUUUGACCUGGAGGAGAGUCACCCGCAGGUAGUGCUGGUGGCUGCCAACCACCGCUAUGUCUCUGUGCGCCAAGGGGUCAACGUCUCAGCCAAUCAGGAUGAAGAACUAGACCAUGAGACCUUCCUGAUGCAAAUUGACCAGGAGACAAAGAAGUGCACCUUCUAUUCCAGCACUGGGGGUUACUGGACCCUGGUCACCCAUGGGGGCAUUGAGGCCACAGCCACAGAAGUUUCCCCUGACACCAUGUUUGAGCUGGAGUGGCGUGGCCGGCGAGUGGCACUCAAAGCCAGCAAUGGGCGCUAUGUGUGCAUGAAGAAGAAUGGGCAGCUGGCGGCCAUCAGCGACUUUGUGGGUGAGGGCCCACCUCGCCCGGCCCGGACGGGGAGGGUGACAGGAGGGGCGGCGCAGCAGACGCUCUCCCCGCCAGGCAAGGACGAGGAGUUCACCCUCAAGCUCAUCAACCGGCCCAUCCUGGUGCUGCGCGGCCUGGACGGCUUCGUCUGCCACCGCCGCGGCUCCAACCAGCUGGACACCAACCGCUCGGUCUACGACGUCUUCCGCCUGAGCUUCAGCGACGGCGCGUACCAGAUUCGAGGCCGCGGCGGCGGGUUCUGGUACACCGGCAGCCACGGCAGCGUGUGCAGCGACGGCGAGCGCCCCGAGGAUUUCCUCUUCGAGUUCCGCGAGCGCGGCCGCCUGGCCAUCCGCGCCCGGAGCGGCAAGUACCUGCGCGGCGGCGCCUCGGGCCUGUUGCGCGCCGACGCGGACGCCCCGGCCGGGCCCGCGCUCUGGGAGUACUGAGG